AGGAAGUCACCCUGCAAAAAAACCACAAACACUUUGACUGACAGCUCAGGUGGAAAGGAAAUAGCUACGUCUUGGCCACACCCUUUGUGUACCUCCUAUAAAACACAACAAGCCAUUACCAGCUUUCAUGCACAUAACAGGCCUGGUCUGAUGUUUUUUUUAGACAGCGAAAGACCAGCAGAAUGACAUCACUUGUCCUCACCGUUCUCCUUCUGCCUCUAACGGUCAUUUCUCCGGCCUCGAUCAAUACUAGUAAUGGUGGAACCAAAACAGAAUUAUACACGUCUGAGAAAAUUGAAAGGGCGAACGAGAAUAUCGUGACAAGUAAUACUGCAGGAUCACACUUGACAUAUGGGGACAUAAUGGUGGACAUGAUCGAGGACGGAGGUGUUUUGAGGAAUGCUGUCACCUGCACCGCCUCGAGCUGUAAAUGGCCUAAAAAUAAGAAAAAUAAGGUCAAAAUUCCCUAUGAAAUCACCAGCGAUUUUUCCAAAAAGGAGGCCAACUUCAUUAAAAAAAUCCUGAAAGGUUUCAAGAAAAGCACCUGCAUCAGAUUUAUUAAAAAGAAGUCAAAGCACAGGGACUACUUAUCCUUCAUUUCCGCCGACGGGUGUUGGUCGUACCUUGGCCGUACAGGAAACCGACAGCAAAUCUCCUUGAAGAGCCAGGGUUGUUUAUUCACAGAUAUCGUGCAGCAUGAGGUUCUCCAUGCGCUUGGGUUCCACCAUGAGCAUGUUCGCUCUGACAGAGACGACCACGUUGAAAUUAAUUUUGAUAACAUCCAACCAGGAGUGGAACGCAACUUUGAGCUUUCGCCAACAAACAACCUGGGUACCCCGUAUGACUUCCAGUCUGUGAUGCAUUACAGCCCAUACGCCUUCUCCGUAAACGGCCAACGAACAAUCACUGCCAAAAACAACUCCAUCACUAAUUUUGGCAAUGCAGUUGAGAUGAGUGUUAAUGACUACGCCCGUGUCAAAAGGCUUUACGAGUGCUAAACGUCAUGACGGAGAGAGGGCGUUGGCCUCCAGUGACCAGCGUUGUUCUCAGUGAACGUAAUGAACAAACAAACCACAGCAGAGCCAAUCAUUUUGAAACUUCAUUUCCAUAUUAGAUAUCGAUCAUAUUACAAUGAAAUGAAUGAUUUUGUAAUUAUUCCCCAAAAGCCAUGAUUUAAUUGUACUUGAUGAAUUUAAUAAAGAGUGAAGAUGUGCCCUUCCGCAUGUUUGAGUGUGAGAAAGUGUGCUAACGGUAUAAAAUGCAAAUUAGUAUUAGCUUCUUCCUGAAUAAUGACGUUUCUAUUCUGAGGCACUUU